UAAGUUACGUACGCAUUAUUCAUACGAUUGGAAAAGACGGAAAUUGUAUCAACGACAGUGGAGAUUCGCCCAGAGAAUAUACAAUCGGCGAAUACAAUAUAUUUCUAUCGCGAUUUUCCGAAAUUCACUAUUUGUAAAUCUCAAAGUAAAUGUGCUUCAGUGAAUGUUUUUUUUUUAUUUAAUCUCAUCAAAUUUGGUUUCGAGCGAAAAUAAUUGUGAAAAGUAAGCAUCGAUUUCAACGUGAAAGUGUCAAUUUUAUUAUCACGCAUCCUGCUGGCGCAUCCUUUGCAGUAAACAAAAAGAUUUUACAGUCAAAGUAACAAGGAGGAUAAUAAAACGAAAAAAUCAACCAUGAAAUCUAUGAUCGUCUAUCAACAAUUUAAGAAAUGCACCAUCUUAUUUACGUUGGGCAUUGUAUGUAUUUUUUUAACAUACGUAAUUUAUGUUGUGGAUCCCAUAAAUAUAUUAAUAAAAUAUAAUACACAAAUGACACCGCACUCUUUUCUCUUCUCAAUAUGGAAAAAACCACCUGUUGAUAUAUAUUUAAAUGUGUAUAUAUUUAACAUUACUAAUCCAGUAGAGUUUCUAAGCGGCAAGGAGAAGCUCAAAGUUCAAGAGGUUGGACCAUAUGUCUAUCAAGAAUUCCUUGAAAACAAUAACAUUACGUUUAACGAUAAUGGCACACUUACCUACAUCCCCAGAAGGAAGAUAGUUUAUGUACCCGAAAUGUCAGUUAACAAUCCUGCGAAGGACAUGCUCAAUGUUCCGAAUAUACCUCUUUUGGGUGUUUCAUCCGCUUUACACGAUGCCGGAUUUUUAGUGAAUUAUCCUGUGGUACAACUGGCGAAUGUGAUGGGUUCCAAACCAAUCUUGAAUAUCUCAGUAUAUGAUUAUCUGUGGGGAUAUGAAGAUUCAAUGGUGACAUUGGCUAGUGAGAUCGUGCCAAACUUUAUUAAUUUUAAAAAAUUCGGUCUUCUUGAUCGGAUGUAUGACGAGGGAGAGAAUAUCGUGACGAUGAAUCUUAGAAAAAAUUCUGACAUGGUGAAUGAAAAAGGACGAUAUCUCAGCAUCGACAAAUACAAUGGCAGUCCUGGACUGGCGCAAUGGGGAUAUAUUGAAACAGAAGACAAUAAGACUCAAGAAGGAAAUUCAAUUUGCAAUACAAUUCAAGGUGCUACGGAAGGUAUCAUAUUUCCUCCACGUAUGGAUAAGCGUGCCAUUUUCAGAGUGUUCAGGAAAGCAUUUUGUCGAACGCUACCGAUUAAAUUCAAGAAAGAAGUAAAACAAGAUGGUUUAUCAGGAUAUCUCUACACUCUCACAGAUGACUUCGCUGAGCCACCUGAUAGGAACUCGGACAAUGAAUGCUAUUGCCGUAAGAAGAAAACUUGUCUGAAAAAAGGACUAUGUAAUUUAACACCUUGUUAUUAUAAUAUCCCAGCAGCUGUAUCUCUUCCACAUUUUCUCGAUGCUGAUCCGAGUUUGCUGGAGGAUAUAGAAGGUCUUAAACCAGAUCGAAAAAAACAUGAAUCUUUCGCAAUAUUGCAACAAGCAUUUGGUAUACCUAUAAAAGUGCAUUCAAGGAUGCAAACAAAUUUGAUAAUGUAUCCCACACGCUACAACUCUAAGAUUGCAGUUUUUAAUGACAUCGCAGUACCUAUAUUUUGGACCGAUAUGUAUAUUCCGUUUUUGCCGACUUACCUAUAUAUUCUGUUAAUAUUAAUAUUGCAAAUACUACCAAUCGCACAGACGGUAUUGAUAUAUCUACUUGGUAUUAUUGGGAUGAUGAUGAUAGUGCUAUCGCUGACGUCCACUUUACGGAUAUUCAAUAAACAACAACAGGAACAAGAGCAAGAGGCGAUCAGAAGUCUUAAUAAUCCCGACUUAAAAAUACCUUUGUGUAAUGGCCAAUAUAAUUCGAUAAAUAUUUUACCAAUAAUUAAAAAGAUCACAUCAAAGACCGAUCUGUUUACAGUAGAAGCCCCAUAUUCUUAACAGCUCUUACAUUUUUAUAUUAUUAAUUUUAUAUUUUAUAUUUUAAAUUGCAUAUCUUUAACACGUCCUGCGGUGCUUGUCUAUUUAUUUUACGGUUGUCAUGGUAAUUUGUCUUGGUAAUGAGAAAAACUGGUUGUCUUGGUAAUGAGAAAAACUGACAAUGAGAUAGUUUGAGAAGAAUUGUUAAGAGAUUGUUUAGUUCUGACGAGUUAAGAAUACAUGUAUAAACUCGCGAUUAUAAUUAAUUAGAGACAAAUAUUUUUGGGUAUGCGAUUAAAUAUUAAUAAAAAUGCAGUAGGGUAAUUGAUAUAUUUUUGUAAUUCUAUGUGUUAUCGUGAAUUUGAUGUAAUUAACUUAAAAUAAAGCAAACUGAUAGAAUCUUCUUGCGCUCUUUGCGAUUCGCAAUAUCGAAAAUGACGCAAAAUCACAUAAUAAUUAUUAAUGUCAUAGCAUGAGAAAAAGAUUUAAAUAAUAUAUGUGAUAAUAUU